AUGAAAUCAGUAACAAUUUGCGCGCUUCUUGUGGUCUAUUUCGCCAGUUUCGCCUGUCAAACCCAUGCUGCGCCUCUGGCUGUGGUGGAAGUGCCCAUUGUGGAGGUGGCUGAUGUAGCUGAAACGGCGCCCCUAAGCCUACUGGAUAUUGAAAAUGCCGGUCAAUCUGUGAUGGAUGUCACGGAUAGCGAUGGAAAGGCGCGUUCUACGCGCGGUUUGGGUUUGCUUCUUGGUGGUGGGCAUGGCUUAGGUGGUAAUUUAUUCGGUGGUUGGGGUGGACUCGGCGGACUUGGUGGCUUGAAGAGCUUCGGCGGUCUUGGUGAUUUUGGCGGCCUCGGCGGUUUGAAGGGCCUCGGCGGUGGUUUUGGUGGCGGCUUUAAACCAUUCUUCGGAAAAAUGUGGUAA